UCUCUCUCUCUCUCUCUCUCUAAUUUCAGGUAUAAAAUUUGUGUUGAGCUUCCGGGUUUCCAUCUUCGUCUGCCCAUUUCUUUCUCAUGGCGGUGGAUAAACUUCUUAAAGAUGAAGCAACAGAAGAAAAGGGCGAACGGGCUAGAAUGGCAUCUUUUGUUGGAGCAAUGGCAAUUGCUGACUUGGUGAAGACAACUUUAGGGCCUAAGGGAAUGGAUAAAAUUUUGCAAUCAACUGGCAGAGGAAACAGUGUUAUGGUUACAAAUGAUGGGGCCACAAUCUUGAAGUCCCUCCAUAUUGAAAACCCAGCUGCUAAAGUCCUUGUUGACAUUUCGAAAGUUCAGGAUGAUGAGGUCGGUGAUGGGACAACAUCAGUAGUUGUUCUGGCUGGGGAGCUUUUAAGGGAGGCAGAAAAGUUGGUGGCUACAAAGAUUCACCCAAUGACAAUAAUUUCAGGUUACCGGUUGGCAGCUGAGUAUGCUCGCAAUGCUUUGCUACAGAAAGUUAUGGAUAAUAAAGAGGAUGAAGAGAAAUUCAAGUCAGACUUGAUGAAGAUCGCAAUGACCAGUUUGAGUUCAAAAAUACUCUCUCAGGAUAAGGAGCAUUUUGCGAAACUGGCUGUUCAUGCUGUAAUGAGGCUAAAAGGUAGCACAAACUUAGAGGCCAUCCAGAUUAUUAAGAAGCCUGGAGGAUCACUAAAAGAUUCAUUCCUAGAUGAGGGAUUUAUUUUAGACAAAAAGAUCGGAAUUGGCCAACCAAAGCGCAUCGAGAAUGCAAAGAUCUUGGUGGCAAAUACUGCAAUGGAUACAGAUAAAGUUAAAAUCUAUGGAGCACGUGUUCGUGUUGAUUCUAUGUCUAAGGUUGUGGACAUUGAAGGAGCUGAAAAGGAGAAAAUGAGAGAAAAGGUGCAGAAGAUUAUAGCUCAUGGGAUUAACUGCUUUGUUAAUCGACAGUUGAUCUACAAUUUCCCCGAGGAACUGUUUGCUGAUGCAGGAGUACUUGCUAUUGAGCAUGCUGAUUUUGAUGGUAUUGAGCGCCUGGCUCUUGUUACUGGUGGUGAGAUUGCAUCAACCUUUGACAAUCCAGAGUUGGUUAAGCUUGGGCAUUGCAAUCUCAUCGAAGAAAUUAUGAUUGGUGAAGACAAAUUGAUCCACUUUUCUGGUGUGGAAAUGGGCCAAGCAUGUACAAUAAUAUUGAGAGGAGCGAGCUUCCAUGUGCUUGAUGAGGCUGAAAGAUCUCUGCAUGAUGCGUUAUGCGUGCUGUCUCAGACAGUAAAUGACAGCAGGGUUGUGCUUGGAGGUGGAUGGCCUGAGAUGGUAAUGGCAAAGGCAGUGGAUGAGCUGGCAAGGACGACUCCUGGGAAAAAGUCUAAUGCUAUUGAAGCUUUCUCGAGGGCUCUCUUGGCCAUUCCAACCACCAUUGCUGACAAUGCUGGUUUGGACAGUGCCGAGUUGAUUGCAAAACUACGUGCAGAGCAUCACAAAGAGGGAAGCCCUGCUGGGAUUGAUGUCAUCUCUAGAUCUGUAGGAGAUAUGGCAGAGCUGGGGAUUUCUGAGUCUUUCAAGGUAAAGCAGGCUGUAUUGCUCUCCGCAACUGAAGCUGCUGAGAUGAUUCUCCGAGUUGAUGAUAUCAUCACUUGUGCUCCACGGAAGAGGGAAGAUAGAAUGUGA